AUGGAAGACCCGCAGAUCGACAUAGAUGUGCUCAUCAGGCCCGUAAACGGCUACGAUCGGCCAGAAAACGAACCCAUUCUGGAACCAUACCGGUACUUGGCCGAGAUUCCAGGCAAUAAUAGCAACGUUAGAGGCAAGUUCCUCGAGGCCUUCAACCGUCUUUACUUCCAUAUUGAACAGAAACCACUAUUGGAUGCCAUAGGCGACAUUAUUCUGAUUUUCCACAACGCUUCUCUUCUCAUAGACGACAUUGAAGACUCAUCUGAGUACAGAAGAGGAUUUCCAGCAGCCCACACGAAGUACGGAAUCCCACUAACUAUCAACUGUGGAAACCUAAUGUACUUUGUUGCACUCCAGAAAGCACAGAUCACCCUUCCACGUCUUUAUAGCGAUCUUAACUCCGAUUUAGAAAUCGACAUAGACAAACUCAAGUUCGAAACUUCACAGAUCUUGAUAGACGAAAUGUUGAAUCUUCAUCACGGACAAGGACUAGACAUCUACUGGAGAGACUACUUGCCAGAAACACAGGAAAGUUUGCCACUGGUUCAAGACUACUUGCUGAUGGUAAAGGACAAAACUGGUGGCUUAUUCCGGCUCUCAAUAAAGUUGCUUGCUCUCUUCUCUAAACGUGAAACAACUGAUCUCAUACCUAUAGCCAAUCUCUUGGGCAUAAUAUACCAGGUCAGAGACGAUUAUUUGAACUUGACAUCGUCCAAAUACUCCCAUAUGAAAGGAGUCGUAGGUGAGGACUUGGUAGAAGGAAAACUUUCAUUGCCCAUCUUGCACUGUUUGCAACUUUCAGACAAUUCGCCAGUUCACGAACUUUUGUAUAAUACACUGUCCAGCGAGGAGCGAAGAGAAAAACCCCAACUCAUAGCACAGUGUAUUGACUACAUGACAAAAGAUUCGGAAUCUCUACAAUUUACGUACGACUUGCUCCAGAAAUACCACGAUAAGGUAAAACUGAUGAUCGAGGAUACAGAAGUAGAUAAUGCUCUGGAUUCGAUGCUUUUUCAGAUAAUUGAUCAGUUGGGCCAAGUAUGA